AAGCAUUAUUGAGCAAGCCCUAGCCCUAUAAAAAGCAUUCCUUCCUAGACAUGUUUGUGCACAAAAACAACACAGUUCAAUCAUAUUUACACUAGUUCAAGAAAUCAAAGCCGAGGUGGCCUAGCUAUCUAGCUUAGAAUGGCAUUCAGGAAAAUGAGUCUGGCAAGCUUCCUCUUCCUCCCAUUGCUAAUGCUACUAUUAGUGUCGGGUUCUAACGCUGGAGGGAUUGCUAUAUACUGGGGUCAAAACGGAAAUGAAGGCACUCUAGCGGAGACUUGUGCUACAGGGAACUAUGAUUUUGUGAACCUCGCAUUUCUUUCGACAUUUGGCAACGGUCAGACACCCAUGAUCAACCUCGCCGGUCACUGUGAUCCGUAUAGCAAUGGUUGCACUGGUUUAAGCUCAGACAUUAAAUCGUGUCAAGCGAAGGGAAUCAAGGUGAUUCUUUCUAUUGGAGGAGGGGCAGGGAGCUAUUACCUAGCCUCCUCAGAUGAUGCUAGACAAGUCGCGACUUAUCUCUGGAACAACUUCUUGGGGGGACAAUCUUCGUCCCGCCCACUUGGCGCUGCAGUAUUAGAUGGAAUCGACUUUGAUAUCGAGGGAGGUACAAACCUAUACUGGGAUGACCUUGCCCGGUACCUUGCAGGAUACAGCAAGCAAGGUAAGAAGGUUUACUUAACUGCCGCUCCCCAGUGUCCGUUCCCCGAUGCUUGGGUCGGAGGUGCACUCAAGACCGGUCUUUUUGAUUAUGUUUGGGUUCAAUUCUAUAACAACCCUCCUUGCCAAUACGCGUCCGGGAAUGUUGGAAAUCUUGAAGAUGCGUGGAAGCAAUGGAUUUCAGAUAUUCCGGCUAAGAAGAUUCUCCUAGGUCUGCCUGCUGCUCCUGAUGCAGCUGGAAGCGGUUUCAUUCCCGUUUCUGAUCUCACCUCCAUAGUGCUUCCGGCAAUUAAGGGUUAUCCCAAGUACGGAGGUGUGAUGCUUUGGUCUAAGUACUAUGAUGAUCAGACUGGUUACAGCUCUUCCAUUAAAACGCAUGUCUAAAAGAUGUUUCCUACUACUCGUGUGGUUUCAUAUCUAUCCUAUUUACAUGCAUUAUGUAUAAAUAUUGGAAUAUGUUAUUUUCCCUUUUUGCAUAUAUAUAUAUAUAUAUACAAGUUGAGUGUGUUUGAAGGUUAUAUAUAAGUUGAGUGUGUUUUGAAGGUUGGUGUGAAUGGAAAUUUUAAUAUAUAUGAGCAUGUA